AUGGGCAAGUGUGCGCCGCCCGCCGCUUCGUGGGCGAGGCAACACGGCUGCCGCAGCCUUGUCCGGCCUCGCCUCAACGCCAGCCUCCACGGGCAGCGCGGCAACGACUCGUUCCGUGUGAGCUUCGUCUGCUCGGACGAGCUCGGGACACCCGACAGCGCGCACGGAGGCCGCAUCAAGUACAGCGCGAGCGUGCGCGAGCGGUACCGGCGGAGCAUGAACUCGACCUUCGUGCUGGUGCCUCGCGGGGACAACCGGUGGAACUACCGCUUCUCCGAGGCGGUUGGCGCGUGUGCGAUCCCGGUCGUGCUGGCGGACGGGCUGAGCCUGCCCCUCGAGCCUCUCGUCGACUGGAGCGGCGCCGCGGGGGGCGGCAUCUGUGUCGCGGUUGCGGCUACGGCGGACCGUGUGGGCGCACUGCACCGGCUGGCCACGUCGUGGCCCGGCCUGCUCUCGGUGGCCUUUCUGAGCCACAACUUCACGCGCGACGCCGCCCUCGGCCUGCGAGCGCUCGCGGCGCCGGGAGGGUCACUGCCGGCCUCGCCCGGGCGCAUCGCGCUCUCCCUCGUGCCGAACCGGCCGUCAGGAGCGAGGCCGUACGUGCGAAGAGGCCGCGGCGGGCUGUUCGGCGACCUCUUUCCCCCGCCAACCUGCUGCGGAAUCUCGGGCGACCUCUUCCCCACCAACCUGCUGCGCAACGUUGCCCUCGACGCGUGCGGCGCCGCGGAUGUUGCGCUGGUGCUCGACGUCGACUUCUCGUUCUGCUGCGGCGACGUCGCGCGCACGCUCGACCGGUACGCGCGCGCUGUGCGCGCAGACACGGGGCUAAGCUACGUGCUGCCCGCCUUUGAGGCAGCCGAGGGGGAAGUCAUCCGCAGCAAGGGCGAGCUGCUCGACCGGCUCGACCGCAGCGGCGCCGGAUGGCGCGGUGCCACCGAGCCCUUCGCCUCGCCCUAUACGUACAUGUGCGAGCCGUACUUGCUCGUGCACCGCUCGGUGCUGCCUCCGUACGACGAGUCGUUUGUCGGCUACGGCAAGAACCGCCUCUCGCUGCACUACGAGCUCGCGGCGAGGAGGGUGCGGAUGGAGGUGGCGCCGGACGCGUUUGUGCUGCACGAGCGCGGCUCGCACGCGUCGCGCAGCAAGGCGUGGUGGGCAGGCGAGACCUGCUGGCCCGCGUUCCGCAAGCGGGUGUGGGAGGCGCACGGCUUCUGGCGCAGCAGCCGGCGCCAGCGACAGCUCGACGCGAACCCGAGGGCGCUCAACCGGACGUGCGGCGCCUGCGUCGCGCGUUCGGCAAGGCUCUGCGUGGGAAGCUGCCGGCCGGAGCUCGCGCGCUGGCUUCCCGGAUCCCGCAAGCCGACGCUGCUCCCGCCGUCGGGGGCGCCGUUCGAGGCACCAGAGUGUCCGGGAGGUACCGCGAUCGCAAGCUCGAGCGAGCCCGCGAGGCUCCGCAAAGAGAGCUAA